AUGAAUUCUAAUUGUAUUUCUUUUACAUCUUUAGAAUCGAAGUUAGUUUCUAUUAAUGCGGAUGCCACUGCAACAACAAGAACUUCAUCUUCAAUUAAAUCAUUUACUACAACUGAAAUUUCUACAAUUACUUCUACUUACACUUCCACCGACUCUGAAGGCAAUGUUACCACCGGUACCACUACCUACCCAGUCUCUCACACCAGUGAAGAAGAAGUCACCACUUCUACUUACACUUCCACCGACUCUGAAGGUAAUGUUACCACCGGUACCACUACCUACCCAGUCUCUCACACCAGUGAAGAAGAAUUGACUACUUCUACUUACACUUCCACCGACUCUGAAGGUAAUGUUACCACUGGUACCACUACCUACCCAGUCUCUCACACCAGUGAAGAAGAAGUCACCACUUCUACUUACACUUCCACCGACUCUGAAGGUAAUGUUACCACCGGUACCACUACCUACCCAGUCUCUCACACUUCUGAAGAAGAAGUCACCACUUCUACUUACACUUCCACCGACUCUGAAGGUAAUGUUACCACCGGUACCACUACCUACCCAGUCUCUCACACUUCUGAAGAAGAAGUCACCACUUCUACUUACACUUCCACCGACUCUGAAGGUAAUGUUACCACCGGUACCACUACCUACCCAGUCUCUCACACCAGUGAAGAAGAAUUGACUACUUCUACUUACACUUCCACCGACUCUGAAGGUAAUGUUACCACCGGUACCACUACCUACCCAGUCUCUCACACCAGUGAAGAAGAAGUCACCACUUCUACUUACACUUCCACCGACUCUGAAGGUAAUGUUACCACCGGUACCACUACCUACCCAGUCUCUCACACUUCUGAAGAAGAAGUCACCACUUCUACUUACACUUCCACCGACUCUGAAGGUAAUGUUACCACCGGUACCACUACCUACCCAGUCUCUCACACCAGUGAAGAAGAAUUGACUACUUCUACUUACACUUCCACCGACUCUGAAGGUAAUGUUACCACCGGUACCACUACCUACCCAGUCUCUCACACCAGUGAAGAAGAAGUCACCACUUCUACUUACACUUCCACUGACUCUGAAGGUAAUGUUACCACCGGUACCACUACCUACCCAGUCUCUCACACCAGUGAAGAAGAAUUGACUACUUCUACUUACACUUCUACCGACUCUGAAGGUAAUGUUACCACCGGUACCACUACCUACCCAGUCUCUCACACUUCUGAAGAAGAAGUCACCACUUCUACUUACACUUCCACCGACUCUGAAGGUAAUGUUACCACCGGUACCACUACCUACCCAGUCUCUCACACCAGUGAAGAAGAAUUGACUACUUCUACUUACAUUUCCACCGACUCUGAAGGUAAUGUUACCACCGGUACCACUACCUACCCAGUCUCUCACACUUCUGAAGAAGAAGUCACCACUUCUACUUACACUUCCACCGACUCUGAAGGUAAUGUUACCACCGGUACCACUACCUACCCAGUCUCUCACACCAGUGAAGAAGAAUUGACUACUUCUACUUACACUUCCACUGACUCUGAAGGUAAUGUUACCACCGGUACCACUACCUACCCAGUCUCUCACACCAGUGAAGAAGAAUUGACUACUUCUACUUACACUUCCACUGACUCUGAAGGUAAUGUUACCACUGGUACCACUACCUACCCAGUCUCUCACACCAGUGAAGAAGAAGUCACCACUUCUACUUACACUUCCACCGACUCUGAAGGUAAUGUUACCACCGGUACCACUACCUACCCAGUCUCUCACACCAGUGAAGAAGAAUUGACUACUUCUACUUACACUUCCACCGACUCUGAAGGUAAUGUUACCACCGGUACCACUACCUACCCAGUCUCUCACACCAGUGAAGAAGAAUUGACUACUUCUACUUACACUUCCACCGACUCUGAAGGUAAUGUUACCACCGGUACCACUACCUACCCAGUCUCUCACACCAGUGAAGAAGAAGUCACCACUUCUACUUACACUUCCACCGACUCUGAAGGUAAUGUUACCACCGGUACCACUACCUACCCAGUCUCUCACACCAGUGAAGAAGAAUUGACUACUUCUACUUACACUUCCACUGACUCUGAAGGUAAUGUUACCACCGGUACCACUACCUACCCAGUCUCUCACACCAGUGAAGAAGAAUUGACUACUUCUACUUACACUUCCACCGACUCUGAAGGUAAUGUUACCACCGGUACCACUACCUACCCAGUCUCUCACACCAGUGAAGAAGAAUUGACUACUUCUACUUACACUUCCACCGACUCUGAAGGUAAUGUUACCACCGGUACCACUACCUACCCAGUCUCUCACACUUCUGAAGAAGAAGUCACCACUUCUACUUACACUUCCACCGACUCUGAAGGUAAUGUUACCACCGGUACCACUACCUACCCAGUCUCUCACACCAGUGAAGAAGAAUUGACUACUUCUACUUACACUUCCACCGACUCUGAAGGUAAUGUUACCACCGGUACCACUACCUACCCAGUCUCUCACACUUCUGAAGAAGAAGUCACCACUUCUACUUACACUUCCACCGACUCUGAAGGUAAUGUUACCACCGGUACCACUACCUACCCAGUCUCUCACACCAGUGAAGAAGAAUUGACUACUUCUACUUACACUUCCACCGACUCUGAAGGUAAUGUUACCACCGGUACCACUACCUACCCAGUCUCUCACACCAGUGAAGAAGAAGUCACCACUUCUACUUACACUUCCACCGACUCUGAAGGUAAUGUUACCACCGGUACCACUACCUACCCAGUCUCUCACACCAGUGAAGAAGAAUUGACUACUUCUACUUACACUUCCACUGACUCUGAAGGUAAUGUUACCACCGGUACCACUACCUACCCAGUCUCUCACACCAGUGAAGAAGAAUUGACUACUUCUACUUACACUUCCACUGACUCUGAAGGUAAUGUUACCACUGGUACCACUACCUACCCAGUCUCUCACACCAGUGAAGAAGAAGUCACCACUUCUACUUACACUUCUACCGACUCUGAAGGUAAUGUUACCACCGGUACCACUACCUACCCAGUCUCUCACACCAGUGAAGAAGAAGUCACCACUUCUACUUACACUUCUACCGACUCUGAAGGUAAUGUUACCACCGGUACCACUACCUACCCAGUCUCUCACACUUCUGAAGAAGAAGUCACCACUUCUACUUACACUUCCACCGACUCUGAAGGUAAUGUUACCACCGGUACCACUACCUACCCAGUCUCUCACACCAGUGAAGAAGAAGUCACCACUUCUACUUACACUUCCACCGACUCUGAAGGUAAUGUUACCACCGGUACCACUACCUACCCAGUCUCUCACACCAGUGAAGAAGAAUUGACUACUUCUACUUACACUUCCACCGACUCUGAAGGUAAUGUUACCACUGGUACCACUACCUACCCAGUCUCUCACACCAGUGAAGAAGAAUUGACAACUUCUACUUACAUUUCCACCGACUCUGAAGGUAAUGUUACCACCGGUACCACUACCUACCCAGUCUCUCACACCAGUGAAGAAGAAUUGACUACUUCUACUUACACUUCCACCGACUCUGAAGGUAAUGUUACCACCGGUACCACUACCUACCCAGUCUCUCACACCAGUGAAGAAGAAGUCACCACUUCUACUUACACUUCCACCGACUCUGAAGGUAAUGUUACCACCGGUACCACUACCUACCCAGUCUCUCACACCAGUGAAGAAGAAGUCACCACUUCUACUUACACUUCUACCGACUCUGAAGGUAAUGUUACCACCGGUACCACUACCUACCCAGUCUCUCACACUUCUGAAGAAGAAGUCACCACUUCUACUUACACUUCCACCGACUCUGAAGGUAAUGUUACCACCGGUACCACUACCUACCCAGUCUCUCACACCAGUGAAGAAGAAUUGACUACUUCUACUUACACUUCCACCGACUCUGAAGGUAAUGUUACCACCGGUACCACUACCUACCCAGUCUCUCACACCAGUGAAGAAGAAUUGACUACUUCUACUUACACUUCCACUGACUCUGAAGGUAAUGUUACCACCGGUACCACUACCUACCCAGUCUCUCACACCAGUGAAGAAGAAGUCACCACUUCUACUUACACUUCCACCGACUCUGAAGGUAAUGUUACCACCGGUACCACUACCUACCCAGUCUCUCACACCAGUGAAGAAGAAGUCACCACUUCUACUUACACUUCCACCGACUCUGAAGGUAAUGUUACCACCGGUACCACUACCUACCCAGUCUCUCACACCAGUGAAGAAGAAGUCACCACUUCUACUUACACUUCCACCGACUCUGAAGGUAAUGUUACCACCGGUACCACUACCUACCCAGUCUCUCACACCAGUGAAGAAGAAUUGACUACUUCUACUUACACUUCCACCGACUCUGAAGGUAAUGUUACCACCGGUACCACUACCUACCCAGUCUCUCACACCAGUGAAGAAGAAUUGACUACUUCUACUUACACUUCCACCGACUCUGAAGGUAAUGUUACCACCGGUACCACUACCUACCCAGUCUCUCACACCAGUGAAGAAGAAGUCACCACUUCUACUUACACUUCCACCGACUCUGAAGGUAAUGUUACCACCGGUACCACUACCUACCCAGUCUCUCACACCAGUGAAGAAGAAUUGACUACUUCUACUUACACUUCCACCGACUCUGAAGGUAAUGUUACCACCGGUACCACUACCUACCCAGUCUCUCACACCAGUGAAGAAGAAUUGACUACUUCUACUUACACUUCCACCGACUCUGAAGGUAAUGUUACCACCGGUACCACUACCUACCCAGUCUCUCACACUUCUGAAGAAGAAGUCACCACUUCUACUUACACUUCCACCGACUCUGAAGGUAAUGUUACCACCGGUACCACUACCUACCCAGUCUCUCACACUUCUGAAGAAGAAGUCACCACUUCUACUUACACUUCCACCGACUCUGAAGGUAAUGUUACCACCGGUACCACUACCUACCCAGUCUCUCACACCAGUGAAGAAGAAUUGACUACUUCUACUUACACUUCUACCGACUCUGAAGGUAAUGUUACCACCGGUACCACUACCUACCCAGUCUCUCACACUUCUGAAGAAGAAGUCACCACUUCUACUUACACUUCCACCGACUCUGAAGGUAAUGUUACCACCGGUACCACUACCUACCCAGUCUCUCACACCAGUGAAGAAGAAUUGACUACUUCUACUUACACUUCCACCGACUCUGAAGGUAAUGUUACCACCGGUACCACUACCUACCCAGUCUCUCACACUUCUGAAGAAGAAUUGACUACUUCUACUUACACUUCCACCGACUCUGAAGGUAAUGUUACCACUGGUACCACUACCUACCCAGUCUCUCACACCAGUGAAGAAGUAGUCACCACUUCUACUUACACUUCUACCGACUCUGAAGGUAAUGUUACCACCGGUACCACUACUUACCCAGUGUCUGAUAUUAGUUCCUUGUCGAGUGUUUCUGUUGUAAUUUCUUCGAGAUCAAACGGAUUGUCUUUUGAUAAUUCUGGUACGUUUUUGAUGAGUUCAAGUGUGAUUAGUAUGUCAUCGAGUCUGUUGACUUCUCAUGACGUCAUAGAUACUAAUAUUAAUAGUAAAUCCUCUCAUGAUAUAGGCAGUGGUGUGAUAUCCUCGAUGUUAUCUUCAAAGUCAAUUGGUAUCAGUACACUUUCUUCUUCUUAUGUUUAUCAAAAUUCAUCCUUCUCAAAUGGUGAUAUAUCUACAACUAUAACAACUAAAGGUUCUUCUACCAUUGUUCAAUCCGAAGGAGUUUUAACUUCAAGUUGUUCACCAUUUAGUAAGAUAGAUUCAAAAUCCUUUUCAGUUAAUGCUGACCUAUCGCAGACCAGUAAACAAUCCGUUACAAGCAAAUCCAUAAUCACUGAAAUAACAUCAAACCCAGAAUUAGAAACUUCAAGUUUGAAUAACGAUCCAACAAAUCUUGGUCAGAAGCAACAGGUAUGGAGUUGUCUACUAUCAAUGAAUAUGAAAGAAGAUGGUUAA